AUGGAUAAUAAUUCAAUUGAAGAAAUUGAUGAUAUUAAUAACAAUGAUAUAAAAGAUACAAAUGAUAGUUCAUCACUGUUAACAACUCCUCCCAUACAAUCUGGUAAAAUACGGAAAAAGAAAAGAAGAAAUAAAAAAAGAAAACUUAAAUUAAAUGAACAAAUUGAAAAUGAAAAUCAUUAUUAUAAUGGUGAAUUAUUAGUACAUUCUUAUUAUACAUUACCUCAAUCAGUUCAAAAAUUCUGGAAUAGAAGAUUUGAAUUAUUUUCAAAAUAUAAUGAUGGAAUAUAUUUAUCAGAAGAAUUAUGGUAUAGUGUAACUCCAGAAUUAAUUGCAAAAUAUAUUGCUCAAUUAUUUGUUAAAAUAUUACCACCAGAAGCAAAUUGUGGAUUAGAUGUAUGUUGUGGGGGUGGUGGUAAUACAAUUCAAUUUGCAAGAUUUUUUGAUUCAGUUGGGGCUAUUGAUAUAAAUCCAGUUAAUUUAUAUUGUACUGAACAUAACUCAAAAGUUUAUGAAGUUGAUGAUAAAAUUUGGACAUUAAGUGCAGAUUGGGCAAAUAUUACAAGUUUAAAAGAAAAUGGAGAAUCAAAUUACGAUUGGAUACCAGAUCAUGUCAAAGAACUAAGAAAAACCUUCCCAAAAGAUAGAACAUUUGAUUUUAUAUUUAGUUCUCCACCAUGGGGUGGUACAAAUUAUGAUAAAAAUGAAUUUAAUUUAUAUGAAAUGGAACCUUUUAAUAUAAUACAUCUUUUAAAAACAAUGACUCAAUAUUCAAAUAAUGUAGGAUUAUUUUUACCUAAACUGUCAAAUUUAAUGCAAUUAAGUAUGGCAACAAAAGAAGUUUAUGGAGAUUUUAAAAAAUGUCGAGCGGUCUAUAUAAAUUCAAAAGGAAGAUCUGUUGCUUUAUUGGCAUUGUUUGGUGAUAUUUUUACCGCAAGAUUUGAUGAAUUAGAUGAUAUUAGUGAAGAAGCUUUGAUGGGAGAAGAUUAUAAUGAGAAUAUUGAUGAAAAUCAAGAUGAACACUACAAUGAAAGUGGGAAUUAUGAUGGAGAUGAAGUUUAUAAUGAAGAUGAAAAUUAUAUGGAUAAUUAUGAAGAUGAACAUUUCGAAGGGGAGGCAGGUGAAGAAGAUGAAGAUGACAUUGAAAUCAAUGACGACAAAAGUAACCUUGAAGAUGAUGCUAAUGAAGCUGAAGUCGAGGAAAAAUCUCUGAAAAUAGCUAAUGAUGAGUAUAGAUGA